AUGGAGUCUACAGAUAAAUCUAAUCCGCAGGAGGAUCUAGGAGCAUUGCAGGUCAUACCGCUACCUGAAGAGUAUCUGCGAUGCUCGAGAACACAUCUUGUGAUUUUGAUAUCGAGGAUGCUUUCGUUUUUGAUUCAGAUCAACGACUCAAAUAACAGCGGGAAGGAAACCAUGGAAUUGACCAGAUUUCACUCAAAGGCUGCUCCAUCGAUAACAGUGUAUCAGUACCUGAUACGACUCACUAAAUAUUCUUCUUUGGAACACAGCGUUCUACUUUCAGCGGUAUACUACAUCGAUUUGCUAUCGGCCGUAUAUCCCCAGUUUACUUUGAACUCGCUCACAGUACAUCGAUUUUUACUUACUGCUACAACGAUUGCUAGCAAAGGGUUAUGUGAUGCAUUCUGUACAAACACACAUUAUUCGAAAGUGGGAGGUGUUCAGUGCAGUGAACUCAACAUAUUGGAAAACGAAUUCUUGGAACGAGUCAAAUACAGGAUAAUACCGAGAGAUGAAAACAUAGAGAAUUGUAAACUAGAAUACAAGUUAGGACUUAAUGCUUUUAUUCCUCCUAAAGAGAACUCAAGGAGAGGUUCCAAUGAUGGCUUUAACGUUUUACAGAAUUAUUACAAGAAGAUUGUCCAGUUAGUUGGCGAUCCUACAAACUCACCAGAUAAAACUUCUAAUUGCUUCUUCAAACUGGCAAUCCCAACGCCUAGCAAAGAGAAUAGAAACAGCAUACAUGCAGGUAUUUCGAUGGCCCCAGUUACUCCAUCACGAAGUAGACUGCGUAACGAUUCAUCAAUACCCCCAAAUAUGGGGGAGCGUUAUGUUAAAGACAAAACACCCACUAUAUCAACCCCAAACACUGUGGCUUUCAAUAAAAAUACUACUAAUGUUAGUUACUCAGGGGAAGAGGAGCAUGGUUCAGAUAAUGAAAAUAAUAACAACAUCCCCAUAAGUCUUCCCCAGAAGAGAAACAUUAAGGAUGAUGAACCUAUACAACAGCAUGGAGUAAAUUCUAAUUUUAUCCCUUCUACCAAGAAAAUUUCAAGUCGGUUUGAUAGCUAG